AUGUAUCGAAUUAUCUUCAUUAUUUCAUUGUUAUUACUCACUUCUUUACUAAAUUGUGAUGCAGAAUGGAUUGGUUCUACUUUGAAAAAAGACAAUACUAAUUAUAUAAUAAAUAAUAAACAAAAUGAAAACAUUAUUUUACCCAUUUUCAUAAAAAAAGGAGAGUGUAUAAAUUAUGAGCGUUCAGAAUUUUUUUUUUGCUAUCAUAAAAAUAGUGAACAAAUUUUUAAAAAUAUCUCUAUAGGUUGUACUAAUAAAUAUAUACAACCAUCAUCUCAUAUGCUUAGAGAAAAAUGUGACCUUAUUAAUUAUCAUAAUUUUUUAAAUAAUAAUAAAAAUCAGCUAUUAUCAUAUUGGGAACAAAAUUUUCAUUAUUUUUUUCUCAUUUAUUCGAAGGAUAUAUAUUUCUCAAAUAUAUAUAAUCUUUUGAAAAAUAGAAAACCAAAUAUAAUAAUACAUAAUUCUAUAAUUAAAACAAUAUGUAGAAUAUAUAACACUAUCAUAAAUUCCAUUACUAGAAAUAAAAAUAUUGAAAUAGACAUAACAUUUUGGAAGUCUUCAAAAUGUAAUAGUUUUUUUUCCUUUCAAUUUUACCAAUUUAUUUCGAAAGAAAAAUUGCGAUAUCCAAAAUCUGUACAAACAUAUCUUUAUACAAAAAUUAUGGAGAAUAUAAAAAUAGACGAAAUUCUGUCCUUAUUUUUUGAAAUAUAUCCAACUAGCCAUAAUAGUAUUUUAAAAAAAAAAAAAAAAAAAAUUUACUCAUAUAGCUAUUUUAUCAAUUUAGCUAGCUGCCGAGUUAAAAAAAAUAGUGAAAAGGUGUACACAUUUGGUGGAAUUUUUUACAAAAUUUGGGAAUUUAUUUAUUCAAUAAUCGGAAAAGGGAAAAAAAUAACAAGCAAAUUCAUAUGGAAUAGUUUUUAUGCUAGCUAUUCCUCAAAAGGGGAUAUAUUUAUGAAUGGAAUAAGCGGAAAGGUGAGAAUUGCGAAUGGAAUAAGCAGAAAGGUGAGAAAUUUGAACGGCUUGGCAUAUGGUGAGGAUGAAAAUAAUGACAUGAUCAAUCGACGUAAUUUCAAAAAUAAUACAAGUCAAUAUUUUACAUGUUUUUUAGAUAAAGCAACAGAAAAUCCCAAUGCCCUUAACGAAAUAGAUAAAUGGGUUGACCCCAAAACGAAAUCAUGUUAUUGUCAUGAUGAGCAUGCAGAACCAUGUUCAUUGGCUGAUAUAUCUGAGAUCAAUCAGUUAGAUUCAUAUAUGAAUAAUGAAAUGUGUAACUCUAGAAAUAAUAAUAAAAAUGACGAAAUAUUUAUUGCAUUAGCUGGGUAUAAUAUAUUAAAAUGUAAACGUGGAGAAAAUAAAAAUAUGAACGAAAAUAAAAAUAAAAAUAACGAAAAAAAUGAUAAUAAUAUAUAUCAACAUGAUCCAAAUGAUAAAUUAGACAAUGAAAAAAUGUAUAAAUAUUGUAAAUAUGGAUUAAAAUUAUGGAAUAAUAAAAAUAUGUAUAAUUAUAAUAAUUGUAAUAUAGUAAAAAGUUUAGACAAAAAAAAUAAAAAUGUAUGCAUUGAGAUGUGUCGCGAAAUACAAACCUAUUGUAAUGAAAAAGGAAUACAGUUUUAUUCAUUUGAUAUAUGCAAAAAAUAUUAUGAAACUAACUUAUUUUCGAGACCUAUUUUUAUUAAUAUUUUUAAAUAUUUUGAUGAUAAUUGUUCUUAUUUUGAUCCAAAUAAUCAUGGUAUUGUUUUAUGCAAACAUAGAAAAGUAAAAUGUAAUUUUAGUUCUUGGUCAGAUUGGUCAGAAUGUAAUAAAUCAUGUUUAAAAGAUGAAUAUGAUAUCGAACCAAUACAAAAAAGAACUCGAUUUUUAGACAAUGAUAUGGAAUAUGCUUCUAAAGCAUGUAGUGUAUAUAUGAGUGAUGAUAAUAAUACAUUGGAGGUUCAAGUAUGUACAGAAUUACCUUAUUGUAAUGAUAUAAAUGAUUCAAAUCAAAAUGUUACAUCUAAAAUAAAAAAAGGUAAAUAUCCACAUGAAGAAAGAUUAUUACCAUUUGUAAUUUCACUUGAUGAAAUAAAUAAAGCAAAUGCUUUAAAAGAAUUAAAUAAUAAUGAUACCGAUAUAACAAAUGAAAAUUUUAUUAUUAACAAGUCAGAAAUAUUAACAAAUUGUAUGAUAACAGAUAUGAAUAAAUAUAAUAAUUAUAUUAAAUAUAAUGAAAAAAAUAGAUCUUGUUCAUGUCCUAAUAAUGAACCAACUUGUUAUUUUAAAGAUAUAUAUAAUUCAUCUACAUGGAAAAAAAAAUUUGAAAAUUUAUGCAAAAAAAAUAAUAAUAUAAAUAUUGUAACUGCAGAUUUUAUACUUAUUAACUGUAACAUGUUAAUUAGUUUAAAUAAAAAAGAAAUUUCUGUUAAUACAUAUUUAGCUAUGACUUUUGAUUGUCGUUCACCUUUAUUCCAAUAUUUGUUUUGUUCUAAACCAUCAGAUCAUAAUAAAAAAAAUUUAAUAUAUAUAAUUAUUACAAUUAUAUUUGGUGCAAUUUCAGCGAUAUAUUUUGUUUAUUUAAUUGUCAAAGAAAUUAUAAAAUAUAAAGAUAUAUGUUUUCAAUUUGGAGAACGAAAUAUAUCUCAAAUGGAAAAAACACAUGAACAAACUGAAACACCAUCUGAAGAGGAUAUAAUUAUAGACAACACAAAGAGAGACUAG